GGAAAACAGAUCUAUAGCUCAACUAUCACAGGUCCCAAUCCAGUGAACUAGUUGAACGCUUGCCCCCCACCCCUUCAUAUCUAGCACAUUCUCCAAUACAAUAAAUUACACUAUUUCUCUCCCAUUUUACUCUUUCCUCUUCCAUUUCUAGUUAUCCCCAAAAUUAGACCUUAGCUGCAACUCCUGCAAUGGAUCCCACUCUCAAAAAGCAACCUAAACCUACCCCUUUCUCCGCCACCACAAACUCCAAGCCCCACCCCCCACCAGAUCCCACCCCAACUAUCCAAAACAUCUCUUCUCACUUCUCCAAGCUUUAUGCAAAUCACAAAAUCCUCAAAUCUGGCCAUAGACAUCCACCUCCUGUUGACACUCAUUUACAGGCUAAAACUCUGGCUGUUGCUUCCUCUGCUUUUGAUUCUUCAUGCUCUGCUUUGACCAAGUCAAAAAGCCAACAUGGGAGGAGAUAUGUGCAGAAGGAUGUUGAUAAAGCUAUUGUCUUGCAAGAAAAAGGUGAAAUCAAGAAAAUACCCAAUAAGGAGAAGGAGUUGAAGAAAGAGGUGGAUGUGAAAAGGGCAUUAGCUCUGUUAUCCAAGGACCAAGAUAGUGAACAGUUGAAGGGGUUUCAACAAAGGCCAUCUUUUUCCUUGUCUUUGAAUGGUGGAGGCAGGAGGAAAUCAUUCGGUUGCUCACAGACUGAGUUAGCUGAUUUCUUUUCUUGUAGUGGUGUGAAAGUUGUGUCUGUUGAUAUGCCACCCUUUAUGCAGAUUCAUGCUGUGGAUUUUGCAAGAAAAGCUCAUGAUAGCUUGGAAAAGUUCUCCUCUAAAUCACUUGGAUUUUCCCUAAAAAAGGAGUUUGAUGGGGUCUAUGGACCAGCAUGGCACUGUAUAGUAGGGACCAGUUUUGGCUCUUUUGUCACACAUUCAGUAGGUGGUUUCAUAUAUUUCUCCAUGGAUCACAAGCUAUAUGUACUCCUUUUCAAGACUACUGUACAAAAAGCAGAAUCAAGUUGAAAUCUUGAGGUGAAAUGAAAUUCCUUUUAGCAUAGGGAAAUUUUUGCGAAAAAAAGUUUGCUAUCUCUGUCUGUGUAGUUUUGUACAUCAGCUUUGAUUUAAAAAAAAAAGCAAUGGUAGUUCUAUAGUUCCUUUAACUGUGCCCUCUCUAAAGAGGGAAGUGUAGUGUAUUGAUCAUUGGCAUAUUUGAGUAACAAAUUGUAUACUGUUACAUUUUGUCCUCUGGCGCAGAAAGUAGAUAAAAUUAUUUAAUGGUGGUGUCCAUGAUGGAGUGAUUGACAGUACUAGUAAAUGGACCAUCAAUGGAAGUUAUGAGGA